UAUGAUUAUUUAAAUAAGUGUGUUCCGUAAGAAAUGAAAUUUGAUGUGAAAUUUGAUUUUUUAGAGUCCUUGAAUUCGGAAGAAACAGCUGAGCUCGAUCGAUUGCAUUUCACAAUGACGAAACCACGUGCCGUUAUAGAAUAUCCUUUGAUAGAAGAACGAGCAGAAUUGUCUCGACUCGAGGAAAUCGGAUCUUGUUUAUCGCGACAAAUUGCAAAAGCUUGCGAAUCCGUUGUUCUUAACGCAAUCCAGGAAUUAAUGUAAUAUCACCUUGCAAUAUUAUAGCAUGAUAAAGCUUCAAGCAUUAUUUGUUCUCUCAUCAAAUUCUCUAUUAUGCUGAAAACAAAUACGAUCGAAUAAAAUGAAAAGCGAGACAGUGAUAUUAAAUGACAAAAUAAUAGAAAUAUUUGAUUAUACGUACCUUAUCUUCUUAUCCGAUAUGUAUUAUUAUUAUGAUAAUCUUUCAAUCUUAUUACUUUGUUCAAUUAAUAACAAUGAUAAAAAUAUAUUUACUUAUUUGUACCUUACCUUCUGAUUACAUUCAAUGUCGCAAUUAGAAUGCGGAUAUUUUAUGUAUUUAUGAUGUACGAAGGUCUGCGAGAUAUACUAAGCAUGCAGUCUCUAGGUUGAUUUUAUAAAUUUUACGGUUCAGAUUUUCAGGUUUCAAUAUAUCGUAAGAGCAUAAAACAUCCACAGUUUAGUCUUUGGUAUCGUAAUUGCUUCUAAACUUAUCUUGCAAAAAUAACUCGAUACAUAUAUCGGUAAAUUAUCGAUUCUAAUUUAACUCUUAAAUUGGCGGGUUUUUUGAUUUCGAUAGAAGAAAUAAAUUAAGCAAUCUUAUAAGAUAACACAUUUUGAAAUGCCGAUUAAAACUAUUAAGAUAAUCUUAAAGUAUCUUAUUGGUAAAACUGAUAUGUUUAAACGAGAAAAAUAUUUAACCUUGUUCAUCAGGGACAUGUUGAACUUUUUGUUGUCAGCAUAGAAUGUUUCUUAUAACUGCACUCAAAAUAGGAGUUCUGUCGUUUUUAUGCGAACAAAAUAUUUCAAUAAUAGUCAUCAUCGAUUUUGCGAUUUGUAUACAAUUUUUAUUAUAUAAUGUUUUUAUAAUGAUAACAAUAGUGUUUAUGAUAAUUUUACAUUAUCAUGACGUAAGAACAUCGUUAAUAUUAUCAGCAAAUAAUGGUCGUAUUUCUGAAAUACCAAAAGAAGCUGUAACAGAUAAUGUUGAUAAUACGGAUUCUGAUAAAUUAGAUACGAGUAUAUUUCAAUCGUAUCCCAUUAUAGUUCCCCAAAACUGGAUAUUACAAAUAUGUUUAAAAGACAGUUUAUUACUGGAUAAAUUACAUUCCAAUAAAAAUGUAUGUGAUGAUUAUUCUUGUAUGUUUUCAAAACUGAUUCAAGACGAAUCGAUGAAGUCUGUUAUAUCAAUAAUACGAAACGAUACAAUCGAUAACACCGAUCAAGGUUUUAAUCAGAGCAUACAAGAUUGUAUAGUUUGGUGGAAGUUGUUUAAAGGCUUCGAUAAAAAUGCAAAUCCUCGUCGUGAAUUAGGUAAAUGUUUAUUUCAAACAUUUUCGACAGUAAGUGUCUUUUAUGGGAUAAAAAAAACGGCAACAUUAAUUAGAAAAUUAUUGCAAAAUAUUUGUUUACUUUUAGAAGUGUAGAGAAAAUGUGUUAAACGC